AUGAUUGUUGUUGCUUUCAGGACUACGGAUAUCGGGAUCCCCGUAGACUGUCCGAAUUUGACGCUACUGUUCUAUAUCGUUCAACUGUUCCUACGCGAGCUCUGCAAAAGUAAGAAUCUCAUCCGGAUAGUGCCGAUGGACAUGACGGAGUAUUACGAAACAAGAGCCGGUCCAUCCAACAUCGGCAAUGUGAUCUCGCAGAUCGUCCUCUGCAAACAGAUCACGCCAGACUUCUACGAGGAGGAGCUGUGCAGCAUCCACAAGGACUCGGAGGAGAUCCGUGGGUUGAUCGAGGAACUGCAAGAAUUUAUGCCCCAAUCGGGCGGCGACAUAGAGAAGUACACAGCUCUGCAGAACGCCGGAAGCAGAGGGAACCGUAGCAACGGCAAACGAUCGCAUCGAUGGAACCACGAUAGGCUUGGCAGACCUACUAGACAAUCGUCCUAUUUUCGCGGAGCGCUGAAUCUUCUCUGUUGCGCCGCGAGGACUAACUACGUUUAA